AUGACCGAGACAAUAGACGAAAAGCAAAGAGAAUUGACUGGCAAAUUCAAAGCAUUAAGCUUUGCCAUCAGAAAAUCAACCGAAGUAAUGGAUUCUACAAAAGUAGAGGUUUUAACGCGACAAAUCAGUUCGGUAACAAAUCGGAUAAAAACAGUGUGCGAUUUAAAAGAUGAAGUCGAGGAGAUUAAGUUUACCAAUGGCGAAUCUGACGAAGACGUCCAAUCGUGGGCACAAGAAAUUGAAUUGAAAAUUACCGAAGCUGACAGCAAAGUGAGUGAAUUACGAGAACGAAUAAAUUAUAUCGAAGGAAAUCAAAAAUCUGAAGCUCAAGAAACAGCACAUGCUGCUACGGAAGUUGACAGACAAAGGCAACUAGAAUUUGAGAAACGAAAACUCGAGCUCGAACAGGCAGCAAAAGAAGAAGAGCGUAAGCGAGAACUUCAAUACAAAUCGGAGUUAUUAAACCAACAAUUGGAGCAUCAAAAAGCGGUAGAGAAGUCGGUGAAAAGAUCCGAACAAAAUGCAAGUAUUAAAUUACCAAAACUUCCUGUAACAAAAUUUGACGGGAAUUAUGCAAACUGGCUUCCGUUUUGGAACACGUUUCAAGCAGAGGCAUAUAAAUCUGACGUACCCCCUGUUACUAAGUUUGCGUACCUGAAAGAAUGGUUAGAACCGAAAGGAAUUAAAGCUGAUCUUGUGCGAGGUAACGAAGGUUGGCAAGAUUGGAAUCUGACAAAUCUUAUUUCAGAACUGAAGAAGUGGAGAGACAUCAAUCCAGCCGAAGAGAGUGGAAGUUCUAAGAAAACUCGGAAACCUUUACUUGUAGCAGGCAGUGAGCGACGUAAGCGUAGGUGUGUUUAUUGUAAUUCUGAAAAUCACAGCGCUGUUGAUUACACGGUUGUAUCCGACAUCGAUAAGAGGAAGAAAUUAUUAGCUGAGAAAAAACUUUGCUUCAAUUGCACGGGGACAAAACAUCGCGCCGCUGACUGUAAGAGUUCUCAUAGGUGUUCAAAGUGCAAUGGUAAACAUCAUUCGUCGAUAUGCACAAAGAAAGAUCAGCUUUUAACGGCAGGUGAUGGGCCAGCCGUAUAUCCAACCGUUGUGGUGAAUGUAGAAGGAAUAAAGUGUCGUGCGCUUCUAGAUACAGGCUCUGGUAAUUCUUAUGCAUCGGCAGCCUUGUUAGACUUACUUCCAAAACGAUCUUAUAGAAAGGAAACACGACGUGUCGAAAUGAUGCUCACCUCAGUUACCAAGGAAAUGGAACUGUCAACCAUAGGUGUAAAAGAUGUCAAAGGGGAAUUUCAGAUGGACGUGAACGUAACCAAAGUAAAUAAGGGAGAACUACUGUUUGGGGACAACCCAAAUUAUAAGGCAUUAGUAAGUUCUUAUUCACAUUUAGCGGGUGUGAAGAUAGAAGACGAUGAUCAAAAACCAAGACUCCCUGUGCAUUAA